GAGAGAGGUGGGGCAAUAGUAACCCCAAUAAUAACCCCCUACCACUAGGAAACCCCCAAGCUCAACCAUUGGGUUACCUGCAGCCCCCAUGCUAAACCGCGAUCCCCCUUCCUCACCCCAAAACAACCCCAGCCACCCUACCCUACCUCCCCACCCACAUCCUCAAAGCGCCUCCAAACGAGACUACCCCCCAUCGAUGGACCAGGGACAGACAAGGCACAGUUCCCCCUCUGGACCAGAACACUUCCACAGAGAGUACCCUCCUGGGGCCAAGGACUAUCCCCCUGGUGGCCCACCCUCCACCGGCCCGGCCCGUGAGUACCCCAGCCCUCCCGGAAUGACUCCAAACCUGGGCCGAGACUACCCAGGUGGACCUCAGAUCCCCCAUCUGCCCCACCCCCACUUUCCAGCCCAGCAGCCCAGAGACAGGGACCGAGAGAGGGAUACCAACCAGCGAGAGUCGUCUCUGUACCAAAACCGUGGCGGUCCCCCCCAACCCCCUUCCCUUUCUCCCUCCUCUUCCUCCUCCACUCCUCAUGGACACCCUCCGAAUUCUCCUUACCCUCCUCCGCCACCUCCUCCCACUCUACCCACUCCCCAAACCUCCCUCGCUCAGCCCCAACCCCCCUCCGGCCUGGGACCCAAUCACGUUCGUCCGGCAAAUUACCCUUCCUCCAAUCAGACUCCUGCAACACCCCUCUCUCCUUUACUAAACCCCUCGACCAAUCAGAUGGGAGGGUUUCCUUCCUACCCGCCAGGCUCCUCCUCCGGGGCCAACAUGUCACUUCCUGGUUCAGGUGUGUCACCUGGCUGCCGGCCCUCACCCUUCCACAGCACUUUGAACAGCCACGCCCCCUUCAGCGGCCCCUACCACUCCAAUGGGAACAGUGGGAACAACCUUGUCCCGACUAACAGCAAUAGUAACAGUAGCAGUGGCAGCAGCCAUACCAACUCUCUCUCUCAGUCCCUCUCACCUCAAAACGCCUCAAAAGGACCCCCACCUCUUAGUAACCCCGGCAACAACAAUGGCACUUCGGCCCCUGGCUGUAGCUCCUCACUUCCUAGAGAUGGGCAUUCUGAUUCGUCCACAGGUCCACCUCCCCCACCUGUCAUCAAGGAGGAACCAAUAGAGGAGAGGGAGGAGAGUGAAAGCCCACCUCCUGUUUUAAGAAGCCCCUCCCCUGAGCCCAAGCCGGUGGACAUUCCGAUCCACGCCAGCCAAUCAGCACGGUUCCACAGGGUUCUAGAUCGGGGCAGUGGAAACUCCUGCGCCCGCAGCGACGUUCUCUUCGUCCCCCUGGACGGCUCCAAACUGUGGAAGAAGAGGAACGAGGUGAUCGAGAGAGCCCGGAGAGAGGUGGAGCAGAGGGCCAGAGACCUGAGGGAGAAAGAGCGGGAACGAGAGAGGGAGAGAGAGAGGGAGCGGGACCUGGAGAGGCAUCUACAACAACAGAAGGACAAUAACAAUGUAAAUAUACAACGCCAGGGAUCCUCUCUCUUCUUCCCCUCCUCUUCCUCCAUCCUCCUCGACCCUAACUCCUCUUCUUCAAAUCCUGGGUCUCACCCUCAACCUCACCCCCAGCAGCACCACUCCCACCCUCACCCCCACGCUCACCUCCACCCCUCCCACCUCCACCCCUCCCUCUCUCAACACAUCCCACACUCCCUCCUCAUGCAGUCUAUGGGGGGUUCAACGGUGGUUGGCCCACAGGGGGCUCUGGGGAUCGGGUUAGGAGGGCCGUACCUGGGCCCUGACACCCCGGCACUGCGGACCCUGAGCGAGUACGCCCGGCCCCACGCCAUGUCCCCCCUCGGGGCUAGUCGCCAACACCAACACCCACAUGUCCACCAUCAUGGCCACCCUCAUGGCCACCCCCAUGUCCACCCCUCCUUCUUCCUCCCCCAGUUCCAGAACCAUGCUCUGGCCCACCCACAUCACAUGCCUGCUGAUGCAGCCACAGCGGCAGCCAUCUUGGGUUUCCUCUAUGGGGGCAGUAUGGAGGGAGGGCCAGGGGGGCAUGGAGGAGGACAUGGGGGGAUGGGGGGUGCAGGGUUAGGGGGGAUGGGGUUUCCCCAUGCAGUGGCAGCCCACCGUGAGCGCAUGAAGCCAGGGUUUGAGUUUAAGAGUGAGGACAGGGUGUACCAGCCGGGCUCCUUGGGAGAUCCUACGGCUCUCGCCCUCGCCCACUCCCACUCGCAUGCCCACGCACACGCUCAUGCACAUGCUCACUCCCUACUGCUGGGGGGAGGGGGUGGAGGUGAGGUGUCCAUUUACGGCACCCCCCCUCCCCAGGCUCCUCCACCCCCACCACCGCCCCUCCAGAACCCAGCGUUAGCCCCAGUGAGUCGCCUCCCUAACCCUCCUGCCGCCCCUCAGUCCCUCUCCAACCCUCCCCCCUUCUCCCUGCUUCCUCCCUCGCUCCCCUCUCACCCUGCACCUGCACCAGCCCCUCCACCCCCGGCCCCUGCAGCUGCACCUCUGCCCGCUCCUCCUCCACCCUCCUCCAACCCUGUUUCAUCCCUCCAUCACCCCGCACCGCACUCCUUUCCCAGCUCCCUCCCCCCAUCUCACCCCCCACCUGGCCCUGCCCCGGUGACCGCCCCUCCUGAGACCUACCCCCCUCCCACUCGCUCCCCCACCACCUCUGAGAGAGAGAGGAGUGGAGAGAGGGAGAGAGAAAGAGAGCGAGACAGAGCGGGGCUGCCAGCCGGUGGAGAGAGGGGACGAGAGAGGGAGCGAGAGAGAGAAAGAGAAAGAGAAAGAGGGGGAAGCAAUGGAAGUGGAGGAAGUGGUGGAAGUGGAGGAGGAGGAACAGGAGGAGAGAUUCCGGGGCGUCUUCAGAUGUUGAACGUCACGCCUCAUCAUCACCAGCACUCACACAUCCACUCCCACCUGCACCUGCACCAGCAAGACACAGCGGCGGGCGGGGUGCACCCCCUGAUGGACCCGUUGGCGUCGGGGUCUCCCCUGGCCCGCCUGCCCUACCCAGGGGCAGCGCUGGGCACCCCCAUCCUGGCACACCCCCUCACUGAAAGUGAGGUGCUACGACAACAACUCUUCGGCGCUCCGUUCCGUGAGCUGCCCCAACCCUCCUCUCUGACAGGUUCCAUGUCAGCGGCCCACCAGCUCCAGGCCAUGCAGCAGGCCCAGAGCGCAGAGCUGCAGAUCCAGAGACUGGCCCUGGAACAGCAGUGGAUCCACCACCACCACCACCACUCCCUCACCCAGGACGAGUACUACAGCCACUUAAAGAAGGAAAGCGACAAGACCCUGUAAGGGAGGAAAAAGAGAGGGGGAACAAGCCCACGGAAGACCAACCCAAAGGAGGAAGAAGAGACCCUGUAAGGGAGGAAAAAGAGAGGGGGAACAAGCCCACGGAAGACCAACCCAAAGGAGGAAGAAGAGACCCUGUAAGGGAGGAAAAAGAGAGGGGGAACAAGCCCACGGAAGACCAACCCAAAGGAGGAAGAAGAGACCCUGUAAGGGAGGAAAAAGAGAGGGGGAACAAGCCCACAGAAGACCAACCCAAAGGAGGAAAAAGAAAAGAACAAAACAGAAGCACUAAGAACAAUGAAGGAAGCAUCAAACCAUAGGAACCUGAGGAGAAAUGAACUGAUUGCGAAACCAGAUGAAAAAAGGGAGAGAGGGAUGAGAGGAGUGAAAACGUUGCUCACAGUCUGUGUUGUCUGUACUAUACCAUAGCCCCAGACUCUGGGCCUAUCACAGCGUAUGUGUUUCAACUCCAGUUUUGUAUUGUGCCCUGUACAGUAUACUAGGUGGGAGCAGCAAUAUAAUGCAGUACAGUCUGGUGUAAAUUACCUUAUGCCAGGAAGAAUGUGUACAUGAGGCUCUCUUUUAUGUCAUUGCAUGUAGCUAGGCGCUUCUUCUGAACUGGUUGAACUCCUGGUUCUAUUUUUAGUAAUCGCCCUCUCUUUCCUAAACGGACGGGUGGUGUAUGAGUAUGCAUGAGACCAGCGAUUAACAAGUGUCAUAUUAUGUUAACGAUUAGUUGUAUUGUUAUUAUUAUUCAUGUCUGUUUGUUGAUAAUUCUAUAAUUCUAUAUACAUAUUAUUUGUAUUGUUAUUUUAUUACAUUUUCAUGGUAUGGCGGUUUCUUUAGUUUUUUAUUGUGAAACGAGAUGCAAAUGAAGGAAAAAGAUAAACUACAUCAUUUUUUGGGGAAAAUA